CUCGUUAGCACCACGCCACACCCCGUGAAGGCCUUGACUUCGGCAGUCUCUCUGCCCAACGCAUACCCCGCCACACCUCGUUUCUCUAGCUUUGCGCAGCCCCGCCAUGGCCGCAACCAGCGCAGCCGCAGCGUCAGCCCUCGCGUCGUCAGCGUCACGUCCGCACCUCGCGGACCUCCGCACUGCGGGCCAUUCCGUAGCUGCUGCCGCGCCAUGCUCCCUCUCGCUUAGAUCGCCGUCGGAUCGCCUCAAUGCUGCGAGUGCUUUAGUCGCCCGCGACGUCGCACAGGUCGCUAGGCGAUCCGCCCGUCGAGCGACGUGGAUCGCCUCCGUGAAUGGCGGGCCGGGCGGCCCCACGUAUAGUGACGGCAACGAGAGCGACGAGGCUGAUGACGUGGCAGUCAGCGACGAGUCGGUACCGGAUGACAUUCUCGAAACGCUCGCCCAAUCCGCUGCUGCCACGCAAGCAGCAGCCGCCAUUGCGCACGCUGCAAACGCGGCCGGGGGCGGAGACUCCGCGGAAGAAGCGGCGGCCUUUGCGGCGUCAGAGGCGGCGGAGGCGGCGGCGCGCGCGCAGCAGCGGCAGUUGCGCGACCUGAAGCUGUGCCUGAUCGACUCCCUCUACGGCACGGAGCGCGGGUUCCGCGCGAGCGGGGAGACGCGCGCGGAGGUGGCGGAGCUGGUGGCGCAACUGGAAGCCGCCAACCCCACGGAGGCGCCCACCGAAUCGCCCGCACUCGACGGCAACUGGGUGCUCGUCUACACCUUCUCGGAGCUGCUGCCGUUGCUGGCGGCGGGGCAGGUGCCCUUGGUGCGGGUGGGCGCCAUCACGCAGAGCGUGGACCUGGCGGCGGGCGCCGUCAGCAACGCCAUUAGCUUCGAGGGGCCGCUGACGGCCAGCACCAUCCGCGUGGACGCCAAGGCGGAAGUCAGAAGUGGCAAGCGCCUGCAGGUGAAGUUCGAGCAGGUGACCUUCUCCUCGCCGCAGCCGCUGGACGGCGCCUCCUCCGCCCCCCUGGCGCCCAUCGUGCUGUUCGGGCAGACCAUCGACCUCGCGCCCUUGGCCGCCGCGCUGCAACCGCUGCAGCAGGCGGCGCUGGAGGUGGCCAAGGUGGUGUCGGGCGCACCGCCGCUGGCGCUGCCCAUCGACGGGGAGAGGGCGUCCGGAUGGCAGCUCAUCACCUACUUGGACGACGACUUCCGGAUCGCGAGGGGCGAUGCGGGGUCGCUGUUCGUGCUGGUGAGGGAGGGCAGCGACCUGCUGGAGUGAUGGCAGGCGAGGGGGGUGAUGCCAUGGCCUCAAUCACCCCGUGCUCACGAGUUAUGAUCUCAAGACUCCACACUGCUCAGCUGUUAAGAGUAAGGAAGACCAGCAAAGGCUGGUUCAUUGUUCGGAUCGUGUAUUGAGAAAUUAGUGGUGCAUUCCAAGGUGCCCAAUUAAAGACUUGUGGCAGCAGUGUGCUACUUGCUACAU